AUGGCAGACUUCUUUCCCAACGCCGAGAUUUUUGGGAACGAUUUGAGUGCGAUCCAGCCGGAAUGGGUGCCACCGAACGUGAGAUUCGAGGUUGAUGACCUCGAAGACACGUGGGUCGGCCACCAACCCUAUGAUUUCAUCUUCAGCCGAUACAUGGCCGCAUCGCUCGCCGACUGGCCAAAAUAUGUGAGAAACAUCUACGACAACAUCAAGCCCGGCGGCUGGGCCGAGUUCCAGGACUACAACCUGAUGCUAGACUGCGACGACGGCACGCUGGAGGGGACGGAGGUCUGGCGCUGGAACGACCUGAUGAUGGACACCUGCAAGAUGCUCAACCGCGAGGCGGCCCCGGGCCCGAAGCUGGAGGACUGGGUCAGGACGACCGGGUUCCGCAACGUGCGCCGCCAGGACUUCAAAGUGCCGCUCGGUCGGUGGCCGAGAGAUCCGCACUUGAGGGAUGUGGGCAUGUGUAAUCUGGUGCAGACGCUGGAUGGGCUUGAGGGGUUUACGAUGAAGCUCUUCUGCGGCGUUCGUGGGUGGAAACCGGAGGAGGUGCUGGUGUUUCUUGCUGGGGUUCGCAAAGAGCUCAAAGCUGGGAACAUUCACAGUUAUCUGAAUUAG